GCAGAAUCAAAGCCACAUAUGGAACUAGGAGAUGGACCUUGUAAUUAUAAUACUCCAGCUAUGGUGGAAAGUCUAGACACUAACACUGCCCUUCCCAUGCUUGAGCAUUCUGUUGACCUUCCAUUAGUUCCAGAAAAGAACUCCAGCUCUGAUGAUUAUGUGGGGAAUAUAGAGUUAAGUCAUAAUACAAUUGAAGAGGGAAUAACUCAAGUCGCUGGAGUGCAUGCUGUAGCACCUAUUACCAAGAAACCCAAAGGGGAUAAGCUGAGCUUGUCGCCACAGGGAAAGGUUAGUGAGAUGCAUGCUGAUUCUGAACUAAAGAAACUAACUGGAGAUGAGGAAAGACAGACAGAACAUGGUGCAGUGAAGUAUAAUUCAACAAUCAGUUCAGCUUUGCCUGUUGAGAUUGAGAAUUUGAUGCCUAUUGAGAAAGACCAAGAAAGUGGUAUGUCGGAGGAGUUGCCUGCUGGAGUAAGGGGGGACAAACAAGCAAUUCCAGAAUCGAAGAAGUAUGAAGAACUUGAAACAGUAAAGGACGUGGCAUCACAGGGUGGAGAAGGGGAAAGCAACAUGAUAACUGAUGCUACUUCUCCAAUUGAUGAAGCUUUUGCGGUAAGCAAAUCAGACAAGCAACUACAAAAUGCAGAUUCAGGGGAGUGGAUGAAGGUUCAGGUAGAGCAACCGCAGGAAGAGUAUGUAAUCAACAAUGAUGAGUUCACAGUGGUUCAUGAACCAGAUGAAGAAAAGGAAGUCAUUUUCGAGGAAAACGAAGAAGACAAUGUCCACCAGUGGAUAACAUAUGCAGAAAACAAAGAAGUGGAGUUGGAAAUAAAAAUGGAAAGCCAGGAACCAGAAUAUACCAUUAGCAACACAGAAAAUGCUCAGCUGCCAAGUGAAACUGCUGAGGUUGAGGUUCCUGCUGGGACACAUGGUUCUUCAGAACCAAUUGAAGAGGCAAACCAAUCAGGGGUUUCCUUUACUGUUUCAACCCCAACCACACAGAUGUCCAAUGGUGACCGCAACACAGUGAUGGAAACAGAUAUGAAGCUACUUGAAGAGAACAAGAGAUUACGAGAGAUGAUGGGGAAGCUGAUGGAAGCAGGGAAAGGGCAACCAAGUACCCCCAACAUUCCAUCAUCUCUUCCAUGUUAAAGCCUGUUGCUCUUAUGUAACAGAUCUUUAUGCCAUGUUUGUUCCUGUGUGGGGCUAAUUCUGUUGUAUCUGAGGCAUGCGAUGUUGUACAUAUGUUGCUGCUACCAGCAAUAAAUAAUAAUAAGAGUU